AUGAAGAACCAGAGCAGCGUGUCCGAGUUCCUCCUCUUGGGGCUUCCCAUCCUUCCCAAGCAGCGGGGGGUCUUCUUUGCCCUGUUCCUGGGCAUGUACCUGACCACGGUGCUGGGGAACCUGCUCAUCAUCCUGCUCAUCAGGCUGGACUCGCGCCUCCACACCCCCAUGUACUUCUUCCUCAGCCACUUGGCCUUCACUGACGUCUCCUUCUCAUCUGUCACUGUUCCGAAGCUGCUAGUGAGCAUGAGCACUCAGGAUCAAUCCAUCCCCUAUGCCGGCUGCAUUUCCCAGAUGUACUUUUUCAUAUUUUUUACUGACCUGGACAGCUUCCUCCUCACCUCCAUGGCCUAUGACCGCUACGUGGCCAUCUGCCACCCCCUGCACUACACCACCAUCAUGAGCGAGGGGCUGUGCGCCUCACUAGUAGCUGCAUCCUGGGUCCUGUCCUGUGCCAGUGCCCUUUCCCACACCCUCCUCCUGGCCCAGCUGACCUUCUGUGCUGACAACACCAUCCCCCAUUUCUUCUGCGACCUUGGUGCCCUGCUCAAGCUCUCCUGCUCAGACAUAUCCCUCAAUGAGCUGGUCAUCUUCACAGUGGGAGUGGCUGUCAUCACUCUCCCACUAAUGUGCAUCCUGGUGUCUUAUGUCCGCAUCGGGUUCACCAUCCUGAGGGUUCCCUCUACCAAGGGGAUCUGCAAGGCCUUGUCCACGUGCGGCUCCCACCUGGCUGUGGUGUCUCUGUACUACGGAGCGAUUAUGGGGCUGUAUUUCUUUCCUUCCUCCAGCACCUCCAGUGACAAGGAUGUCAUUAUCUCUGUGAUGUACACUGUGGUCACCCCAUUGCUGAACCCCUUCAUUUACAGCCUAAGGAACAGAGACAUGAAGGGGGCCCUGGAGAAACUCUUCAAUAGGGCAAUAGUCUCCUCUCAAUGA